UGCCCGGGCAGCGCCGUGCGCUCAGGGGCGGGGUGCCGGGCCGGGGCCUCGCGGUGCGGUGCUGCCGGCGGUGCCGGCACAUUCCGGGCAGGCGCACUGCGCGGCGCGGGGCGGUGGCAUUGCGCGUUCGGAGCCCAUGGAGGUGGCGGAGCCGCAGCCCGGCCCGAGCCCCGCGGCGGGGCCGCAACCGGGAGCCGAGGAGAUUGACAUGUCCCUGGAUGACAUCAUCAAGCGCCACAGGAAGGAGCAAACAGAUGCCAAAGCCGCAGGGGACGGGCGGAGGCAACAGACCAAGAACAGGAAUUUGGCCUACGGGUUCGGGCGGCCCCGCUUCCGUGCCUGGAUGCAGAGGAACUUGCAAGGACCCAACCGUUUUAGGAGAGGCUUUGGACAACAACAGAACAACCGACGGCAAUUCAGGAACGCUCUGCCCGGCCCCAGGAGGAGAGCAGCUGCUGCACUGAGUGGAGUGAGCCCUUUAAAUCGCCCAGCAUCGGCUCAGGAGGGCAACAAGAGUGAGGAUGCUUUCCCCAAAAGCAGCAGUGGGCAGCCCGAGGCACGGCAACGGCCACCCCCAGGCCCCAGGAGGUUCAGAGCAGCCACUGCCGGCACCAGUGCCCCGGGGAGAAGGCCCUUCCUGCUGAACAGGGGACCAGGCUUCCAGCAGAAGCGGAUGCAGCAGCGGUUCCCCAAAGCCUACUUCCAGAGAGGGCAAAUGGGCGCUAAUGCAGAAGGGAAACCACCAAGGAUGAGAAGGUGGCAAGUGAAACCCAGCCCCGGAGCAGUUCUGACGGUUUCUGUGGCUAAUCCCCAGGCGAGCCAGACCAACGCACCCGGAGCCAAGCGCCCGUUCCUGAGAAGCCAGAGGCCCCCACCACGAAUCACCAAGCCCCAACCCAAGGGGGUGAUGCUGAGGUUCAACUUCCGUGCCAUGGCCAACCAGGUAGAGGAGCACCGAGGGGACCAGCCACACCCCACACCCCGCAGGAGCCCUGCUGCUUGGUUUUGGGGCUGCCAGCUGGGUUUAUCUAGCACAACCCAGGAGGACACCCCUGCGGCCUUGUUGGCUUGGGUGCUCACCAAAAUGGCGGCACCUGAGAAGACUAUUUGGCAGCUACAGACUCAUCCCUGUUAUUCCUGCUCUUUUGGUCUCUCUUGUCCCAUUUGUGUGCUUGCUCGGAGCGGGGAGGUUCUCCCUGGGAGUGGGCCUGGCUGGGGGAAGCCAUGUCACCACUGGUGCUUCCCCAUCCUCAGAGACAUGCAGCACCUCUGGGCUUUGCUCUCUUUUUGCUUUGGAAGACUUCUCAGUGCCACGUUUUACAUGUUUUACUCCAAGAGCCCCGGGGCGGGUCAGAAAUCCUGCUCCACCGUCCUUCAUCGCCAGCUCUCCUUGUGUGGACGGUUUGUUUGCUCCUGACACCCUGUGCUCACACGCCAUCUGCUUGCUCCUGUUCUUGCCAAGGACGCCCGCUCUCACAGGGCCGGGCGCUGCUUGGAGGUUUUUCAGCCGCACACAGUCUGUCGAGCUCCUUGUCUCCGUGUGAUGGGUGGUUUAAUUGACUAACCGGCUGCGACGCACCCUCCCGACUGAUGGGCUCUAAUCAAUACCCCGCUGCAAGCCCGGCUGUGCUUGGCCACGAGCCGCGGGACUGACGUGCUCUCCCUUUCCCCCGCAGACCAGCCUGACGCUGGAUGAGAGGUUCUCUGGGCUGAGGAAUAAGAGGCGCUUUGCAGCAGCCCGCAGCGCCCGCCGGACGGUCACCAUGCCCUAGCACCACACGCUCGUCAUGGGGACAGCGGGCAGCAGCCCGGGCCCUGUAACAGGUCGCUCAAUAAAACUCAAUAGGUUCCCUCUGAGAUAGCUGAUUCGGCAACCUGCUGUCUGCCUCCUUCCAUGCAAAUGAGCGAAUGAUUGAGGGCAGCCAUGAGGCGGCACAAGAGUCAGGGCCAGGCACAGGGCAGGGAGGUGGUGGAAAGGGAUGAGUGGAGGUAGAUUUGCUGUGCUGGGCUCCGUGGUGCGGGGGCCCACCCUGUCCCCCUGCCAGGCAUCAGGGAGGGGAGCAGCUACAGGCCUUGUCCUGUGGUUAGGACAGCGUUGAGGCCUGGGCCUGCCUGCCUGAGAGGCUGGCAAACAUGGCAGCCAUGUCAAGGGUGUGCUCCAGCAUUCCCCACUUAAAAGCCUGAUUGACAGCAUGCAGCCAGGACCUCCGCCCAACAGUUUGCAGUGUAGGACCUUCCCCAUUCUCACAGUGCCUCGCCCUGCCUCGUUAGCCAGCCUGAUGGCUCAGUUGGUGUGCCCUGCUGUUCUGAGCACUGUGCAGGUGGUCGGCCUCAGCCCAAAUCUGUGCUUCCAGUGCUGUGUAGGUCUGCACUGGGGUCUUUGUGGGUGCAGCUCCACCUGUGCAUAAUCAUGCAUAUGUGGGAAGGAGGCCAGGCUACACAGCACUUGGCUGAGGAGUUAAUGAGCUGAGUUGAGAGAUUUGUUAAUGAAGCCCCGUACCAAGCAUGAGUUGCCAAUCCAUUCUCUGCCCACUACUGCAGCCAACGCUGAGUGUGCCAAGCACAGCCUGUUACUGGGCCCUAAGCUGUAAGUAAGGAAGUAAAUAUUUGAUAGACUGCUUUACAUUUUACACUGAGUGUCUUUAAUGAGCGGCCGGACUUGGGGUUGAUUUUAUAGGAAUGUGUGAAAUGUUGCUAGCUGGUUGAUUGAGCAGUGAUGUACGAGUCCAAUGCACUGAAUAAAAAUCUUGUCAAAUGGCA